GAGUGCUAACUAUACUUUUUAGAAUCUAUGCUAUCUGGUCCUUGUUCCUCUUCUGAUUCCUGUCCAGAUGGCGCUGUGUGUAAGGAAGGCGUUUGCUCUUGUAACGAAACGUACCUAAACUACAAAGACGUCUGCCGCAAAGUAACAAAUCUGGCGCUCGAAAAGACUGUUUCUGCUAGUUCUACUUAUUUUUCUGAGAACAAUAGAAGAUGGGAAAAUGCUGUCGAUGGACGUACGCGUGUGAAGAAUCAUAUGCUGUUAUUCCACACGGGUUAUGAACUAUUCCCUUGGCUAUCAAUUUAUCUGGGAACUGAAUUAUGUGUCGUCAAAAGUAUUAUUUUAUUUAACAGGAUCGACAACCAUGGUAGAUGGCUACAUGAUGUUGAAACCAGGGUAGGCAACACGUCAAAUUGGUCCCAGAUGUCAACUUGUGGAACAUUCAUUGGACCAAGUAAAACGGGAGAAAUUCACAUAAUAGAAUGCAAGACACUCCUUUAUGGAAAAUACGUCACAGUGAAAAUUGUCAAACCGAACUACAUAACAGACGAUUACGCAGCAAGAGGCGGGAAAAAUGCUCUAGUUUUAGAAGAAGUUGUCGUAAAUGGCAUUGUAUUGUAACUAAUGCAUAGCAGUGCAUACUUAAAUUCUUAAGGAAAGAAAAUCCAAAGUUAAAUGUCAAAAUACAUGUACAUGCACUGUUUUGUGAGGGUGAGGGUGUGUGUGUGUGUGUGUGUGUGUCUUUGUGUGUGUGUAAGGGAGGGUGAGGGUGCGUGUGCCAGUGUAUGUGUUUUUUUUUUG